GGUGGUACAAGCGAAGACGAGUUCUCCCAGUCGCUCAGUCCGCGCCCCGAGACGCAAUCGUACGCAUGUUUAUUUACUUGAUCUCAUCUCGUACGGACGACGAGAUACUACGAGUACUCUCCUUGUUACCCGGCCGCAUAACCGUAAAUUUCUCGGACAACUUUCAAAGCUUAAGAGGAAGAAGCCGCGUCUAUACGUUUACACGAGAAUCCUCGAGAGAGUCAGGAGGGACAAGCGUGCGAUUCCAAGGACGGAAAUUAGCGGCGCCCUCCUCUCGAAGAAGGGGCCCCGCGCGAAAAAGAGGGUGGAAACGUCCUCCUGGGUCCGUCGUGGUGUUGUCCGCCGGGGGUGGCGGUGGCGGCGGGGGCGGGGGUGGUUGCAGGAGCCGUGAAUUGGAACGUCGUGGGGGUGGCGGCCGGGGUGCCCCCUGCCUUGCCACCAUCAGCUCCUCUGUCGCGGGGAGCGCGGGGGGUUGCGGCCCGGUCGUGGGUCUACCCUCCUAUAAGAAACGACAAGGCAGCGGAGCCGCCUGGGGCCGUGGAACUCGUGGACGCGGGAGAGGUCGCGGGGGCGGCGCGAACCUACUUGGUUCCGGCGUCGCCCCCGCAAAUUAUCCUCAAGGACUGCAGGGCGUCGGGCCCGGACUACGGGAGGUCGUGAACAUUUUAGGAGAAAGGAAUCAAGCUGGCACCUUAACUGGUGUCGGACCACCACCGGGAACUUUGGAUUCAGAGGGUACCGGAGACGAAGAAGAAGGAACUUCAACCAAAAGACCACCUAGGCCUCUCUAUAGGAGGUUAAUCAACUACGUACGACAAGCCUGGACUGGUGUUAAGUUUGCUUUAGACUCAGAAUACGAAGAAGAGCAAACGCCAAGAUACAGGCCGGACUCUUUGGCAAGUCUCUGCCGAGCGACAAGAUUCACAGAGGCCGAGCUCAAGAGGAUAUAUCGUGGCUUCAAGGCCGAAUGCCCCACGGGAGUCGUCAGAGAGGAAACUUUCAAGUGCAUCUACUCGCAAUUCUUUCCUCAAGGAGCAAACACCAGCCAGUACGCGCAUUAUGUCUUCAACACUCUGGACCAAGAUCACAGUGGUCUACUCAGCUUCGAGGACUUUGUCAUCGGACUCAGCAUACUAUCACGUGGCUCGAUAGACGAGAAACUACGCUGGACAUUUUCCCUUUACGACAUCAACGGGGACGGCUGUAUCACGAGAGAAGAAAUGACGGACAUUGUUACCGCGGUCUACGAGCUCAUGGGAAAAUUUGCUGAUCCAACGUUGGACCACGAGGGCGUAAGAGAAAAGGUCGACCGAAUGUUUCAGAAAAUGGAUGGGAAUAAGGAUGGUGUUGUGACACUGUCCGAAUUUCUGGAAGCUUGUCAAGCCGAUCCGGAUAUUUCAACGAGUAUGGCGGCUUUAGACACGGCCUUCUGACACUCGGCACGACCACGAUACACACCAUGGACCUGAAGGGAUCAGAGUCCUUUGGCUGAAGAUCGACCGUUUGGCAUUGUACGUUACUUCCUGAAAUAGAGGAAGCACCUUUCACGAGGAGACUCGAAUCUCCGUGUCCCAAAAAAAAAAAAAAAAAUGGGUUGGACGUUUG